GCAGCUGAGAGCUGUCCAGGAGGGAGACCACACCGUCGGUCUAUGGGGACACUCCAAACCGCUCAGUGUGACCGGGAGCACGGAUCCAUGUGCAACAUCACCCGGGACCCAUUUCACCAGCGUCCACUUGUGCGUGUGAGGACGCACUGUGCAGCCCUCGGUGUGCGUGUGGAUUUCUCUCUCGUGCGGACGCAGGGCUAGGUGGACGCGUUGAAGUUCGUAUCCCUGCAGCGCUGAGGGAUGCGCGCGUAUGCGGGGCUGCGCAACCACAGGAUGCGUGAUUGCGCUCUGCUGGCUCUUCCUCUGGCUCCUGUCGGCUCUGGGUGAGAAGAUGCGGUGCGGCGCCCAGCUGAUCAGAGGAUUCAACAAAGACUCUCAGGGUGCCAAGCUUCUCUGGAGGUAGGACCUGUUUUUUAGGCCUGUUCCUGCCACCCAGCCGCCAUGGACCCCCUCCCAGAGUACUCUCAAUUCCUGAUCCGGAUCCUGGAGGAGCUGGACACCAAGUACAACACCAUGUCCUACCAGGACCUGUGUGAGUCCCUGUGCGCCCGCUUUGACCUGGUGCACCUGGCCAAGCUCCGCAGCCUGCUCUUCUACACAGCCUGUCUUGACCCUGCUUUCCCAGCCACGCUCUUCAAGGACAAGAUGCGCUGCUCUGCAGAGGACCAAAAAUCCAAGAAGCUCAUGGUGGCUGCAGACAUCGUCACCAUGUUCAACUUGAUCCAAAUGAAUGGAGGCAUGGCCAAAGACAAGCUCCCUGCAGUGCACAGGCCCAAGUUCCAUAAGAACAAGUCGGUAGAGGUUUGCAGGUCUGACAGUGAUGCCUAUAAGUAUCAGGACUGUGACGGAGGGGCUGGUUACGAGCACAUGGAUCCCCCCAGGGAUGGACACCACCACCACCACCAUCAUCACCAUAGCUCCCCUCAGCAGCACCCUGUGGAUCAGACUGCGUCUCCCUGCUCUAAACAAUCGGAGUGCAAUAACUGCCAGCCGUUUAUUCCCACCUCAGACCCCAACUUCCUUCUGGGGGUCAGCAAGGACCUGAAAUGUAGAGCAGCCUCUCUAGACAGACUUCACCAUCUGCCCCAGUAUCCCAGCAGCAGCCCGCCCUCUCAACCUUGCGAAAUGCAGAGCACCUACUUUCCCAUGGACAUCGACAGCGAGUCCACCACCGACCAGGAGUCUUUGCAGCACAUCCGCCAUCUUGAGCCCUUCACGGUUCACUCCUGCAUCCAGAAGAGGAACAUCUUUAAACAGGACUUCCACAACCUCAUGGCCUUCUCACCACAGGUCAUCACCACUCCGAACAAGCAGGGCCGUAAGGCUGCUGAGGUCUACCACAGGAGGGAGAUGCACAAGCCCGCCACUUUCUUCAACCACAGCUUUGAACUGCCUUACAGCAACCCUUACUUCGAGCCCACACUCAACUCCCCACUCCAGGAACGACAGAGGGUGAAGCACGAGAGCCUGGACGACCUACAGGCAUCCACGUACUUUGGCCCGACCACAGUCUCUGAGUUCGUCAGCAGCAGGAAGCACAGUAACAAAGCAGGAAAGCAGCCAGCGUGGUCAGUGAAGAGCCUCAGUCUCAACACGGAAGAGGGGCCUCCAGACUUUGAGAGGUUGUGUCUGAACAGCAAACCAUUCAAAGAUAACCACCAUCGCACCACCAGCAUCGUCGGCAUGGACAAUGAGCAACAUUUUCAGACCCUGAAGGAAAAGGUGGCAUCUUCUCCUUCUGCUUUUGCAAAGAAAACAAAUGGAUUAAAAAACAAAGAUGUAGCACUGUUGGCAAGUGGUCCAGUGGGUAUGGACAAAAGAGAGGCUGCCAAAAGAUUUAGGAACAAAAAUAUGAACAGUCCAUCCUUUCAGGGAGGAGACAGCUCCUCGAGUAUCGGGACUCAAACUGAGCAGGCUGAGCAGAAGAAGGUGAAGGAAGUAAAAUACAGUGACAGAGAGAGACGAGCCUUCAAACACUCGGAUGAGGACUCUGAGAUCGUCAGUGACGACAUUAGUGACAUUUUUCGUUUUCUGGAUGACAUGAGUGUUUGUGACUCUCUGGGAGUUGUACAGUCGUCAUGCUACAACAGCACCGGGUCUCUCUCUCAGGUAACGCUGAAGUCAGAAGGUGACAGCUCCCCUGAACGCAACACAGUCAAACUAGCCAAGUCCAAGCUGGACCGCCUCUUCCAUUCACUGGAAAACACGGACGAUGAACUCAAGUCGAGUGUGUGCAAACUGGUGACGAGGAUUGGUGAGAUUGAGAAGAAGCUGGAGUCUCUGUCGGGGGUCCGCAGUGAGAUCUCCCAGGUCCUCUCCAAGCUCAACAAGCUGGAUGAGAAGAUCCAGGAGCCUGAGGUUAAUGGAAGGCACAGGGAGACGGUGUCUGCAUCUGGGUGUAAUGCCACCCCUGACAAGUCUCACCCACACACACAACAACAUCUCAACGCCACCUUCUCACCUCGUGCUUUCCAGUGCCACACCACGGGCCACAAUAUCAAGGUGGACAAUGGCCCCCUGGGGGAGUGGUGUUGCUCGGAUGGGAGUAACAGCAGCAGCCUUAGGGUUAAAGCUCUAAAGAAGAGCAUGCUCACCAGGAGGUCAUCCCGCUCACUCAAUGAGGAGAACAGCGCCACGGAGUCAAAGGUUCCCAGCAUCACCAACUCUCCACGGGACUGGAGGACAGUGCCGUGCCACCCUGGAGACGAAUGCAAAGACAAAGAUAGAGAUGGCAAGGACAGACACCUGAAAGCCAAAGAGGCAGAGCGUGAGCGUCAAUAUGAGCUUUCCCAGGCCCACCUGCCCCCCAACGCCCACCCGGCCCUGAUCGAACAGGUUUUCUCACCGCACCCCUUCACCCCCUCCAUCAAGGCCCAUGUGAAAGGCAGUCACCUGUACACUGACCUGAGGCUCACCAGCCUGUCAGAUGCCAAGCGGGGGCAGCCGUCCUGGACCAUCGAGGAGUAUAAACGCAACUCAGGAGGGAAGGGGAAGCAGUUCACAGCCCUGGACGUGCAGACCCAGGAGUCCCUGAACCCAAACAACGUGGAGUACUGGAUGGAGGACAUCUACACACCGGGCUAUGACUCGCUGCUCAAAAGAAAAGAGGCAGCGUUCAGGAGGGCUAAGGUGUGUAAGAUCAGCGCACUGAUUGCUGCCGCUACCUGCACCGUGAUCCUGGUCAUCGUUGUUCCGAUUUGCACCAUGAAAUCAUGAGCGCGCUGGGAUGGACGACACACUUUUACUGAUGUCCUGGUUUGUUUGUGGACUAGGUAAGUGUGCAGCAGAUUCACCAACAACACAAACAUGUUGGGAAUUGACUACUUUAUGUUCUCUUGCUUUUCCUGCAGCAUUUAGUGCUGGUGGUAUUUCUUACCAAUAUAAAAAUGGUUAGGACAUAUAUUGUACCAUAGAAAUGAAUUCAGCAAGUGCAUAAUAUAUACUGUAUAUAUGCUGUAGUCUAUUGUACUGUCAUACUGUCUGGAUGGUUGGAAGCUCAUUGAUUUAAUUGUUUGUCUUAAACAACUGCAGCAGUUGAUCCCAGAAGAAGAAGAAAAAAAAGAACUAGUUGAUGUAGCCAACAUAUGAUUCUUUAUUUUUUGUAUAAUCACUGUACAGUGGAUUUUGAUCAAAUUUAUUUUUGAUGAAUUAUCUUAAAUGUAAGAAUGUAUCUAUCAAUCACAGCAAGCAUUUUAAGUAACACAAUUUGUUCAACGCUUUUUUCUAAAUAGAAUAUUGUUAAAGUGCUUUAGUUGAAGGAGAGAUAGACUUCUAAAUAGAAUGCAGACACAGUAUGACUAUGACUUACACAGCCAAACUGAAUGUAUUGAAAGGCAUGAACUAAGGAGUAACUUGAAUGUUGCUGCCUUUUCUUCCUUUUUCUGAAUUAUAACGGCCAACAGCACAUCGUACCUGCUCCUCCUCCCAAAACAGUGGAUUUACUCUUCUUGUACAGCACUAUUUAUCAGGCCGACUUUCCAUGCCGACCAGGACACAAAACAGAAAAAACAUCCUUCUCUCCGAGCGGGUUUGUCCAUCCAUUCAAUGCUGCAAUCUCCUUAAAUGCCUUAAAGUGCAAACACUAUCGAAGCUCUCACAAGCCCACCUGUUUCCCAUUCCAUUUCAAUACCUGGCUACCCAUAGUUUAGCUUCAAUGGAAAGUAAUAGCUGUUAGUUUAACUUAUGUAUAAUGUAGUGCAUGUUAGGUGAAAGAAUAAGGCUGAUGUUCUGCAUUCUCCUUGUCGUCAUCAAAUCCCAAAUAUUUUUUACUAUCACUCCAUGUCUUAAUAUAUUACUGUUCAACAGAAAUAAGCAGUGCAUUUGAUGGGGACUAUUUCCAGUGGCGUACUGAUACAGAUUUCAUAAUCUAGCUAGUAUUUCUGGCAGUAAGACAGUGUUUGUGGUAUUUAGUUAUAAAAAAGGAACAGAGCAACUGUUCAAGUUAAUGAAGAAUGAUGUAACCUGGUACCAGUGUGUGGCUCACCUUUCUAAUCUGUACAAGCAUUCAAAGUGUUUCACAUUAUGGGUCACUUUUACCCGUCACUUUUCAACACAAUUUUAAUUGAUCACACAAUACAUAAUCUCAGGGCACAUUUCAUAGAGAGAGGUUGAGCCCUUACAAUAUUAAUAUUAUUGCAUGUAGACUGGAGGUGCCAGAAAUGGAGGCACCGGACCACAAUGGACAACUCACUCUACCUCCUGAGCCACAGCCGCCCCCAGAGGGACAUAUACUUUAAACAGAUACUGGGUUAGUUGGAUCACUUUAUCAUUGGUUUGUGCUUCCACAUGGGAUUUGUUGACAAUAAUAAAGAUACAGCAUGAUACUAGCCUUUUCCUUUAACCUCCAUGUGAAUGAAACCCAAUACUUUAUCUUUCUUAGAGCCAGGUAAACAUUAUUUUGACCUCUGCCCACCUGCACCGUACCAUGUACAACGACUCAACACAACAGCCCUGCAAUAACUCCCACCUUUAUGAAUAUAUCUCUGCAGUUGUUUAGUUGUUAAUGCUGCAGUUGUGUUGGAUUCAAUUAUGUUGAGAAUUGUUUGAAUAUUCUGCUUCCCCCUGUGUAUGUAAAUUACACAAACUAUUUAAUAUGCAUUUCAGUGUUAUCCUUUAAACUUGAUCUUUAUAAAACAGAAAACAUAUAUGUACACAGCCACACAGCCAUAACAUGGUAAAUCCAUGUACCAGCAAGAUAUGUAUGGUGCGUCGUCUGUAUCUCUUUCAUGAGGGUCUGUGAUUGGUCAGAGAAACAGUCAGAGCUACAUAGCUGGGUUCAAGAAUGGGAAGGUCGUCCUCCUGCACUGCUAUCCACCAAGCUGAAUGUCAGAAGAAAACAAAAAAAUUAAAAUGAGGUAGCUGGCUGAACAGGUUGUUGUAAAUUGACAGAAACAAAUGGCUUAUAAAUGAUGUUGGAUAUAUUGUCACUCACUUUUGAAUGGUUAAAGCAGAAAUCAACAAACAACCAACUGUCUCUCUUUGCAGACAUUCUGAGUAUUUAUGGUUUGUAAAGGUUUUGUGUUUUAUACAUUUUUUUAAAUUAUACAAUUAAUAUCAAUCAGAUCACAAAAUGUCCUGAAGGAGGGCUUUAGGACGGUCUCUAUGAUCUGAUUUGGCAAUCAU